UUUCGCGCAGCCGCCAUGGCCGCGCAGGCCCCCGCCCGCCCAUCGCGCAUCCGCGUCAUGCGCCCGGAGGUGGAGGAGGUCCUCAAGAGCCCCCGCCGCGCCCGCGCCAAGCUGCACAAGGAGGGCGGCGGCGAGCAGGAGGACGGCGCCGGCGCGCGCCCGCGGUACGACUGCGCGUUCCAGGACGAGGAGGGGCAGCAGGGGUUCGCGCCGCCCGACGUGGUGUGGUGCAAGGUGCGGAGCCACCCCUGGUGGCCGGCCCAGGUCUUCGACGCCGCCGACGCCUCCGAGCUCGCGCUCCGGCACGCCAGGCCGGGGGCGCCCCUCGUCGCCUACUUCUGGGACCGGACCUUCGCCUGGAUGGACCCCUCCGCGCUGCGCCCCUUCCGCGCCCACUUCCCCCGCCUCGCCGCCCAGAGCACCGUCUCCAGCUACGUCGCCUCUGUCGACGCCGCGCUGCAGGAGGUCACCCGCCGCAUCGAGGCCGGCCUCUCCUGCUCCUGCUCCCCGCCCGCCGUCGCCAGGAAGCAGCAGAUUCACAACUCAGGGAUCAGGGAAGGGGCCUACGGCGCCGUGGUGGACGAGGUGUACAUGAGGGACACGUUCCGUGCCAAGCCGUUCGUCGACUACAUUUCGGCGCUGGGGAGGAGCCCGCUGGCCGGCGCCGAUCGUCUCGACCUUGCCACCGCCAUGGCGCAGCUCAGGUCUUUCAACCGGUUGAGGUGUCCAAUGGAGCUUCCUGAGUUUGUCAUCUUCCAGGGGAUUGAGGAUGUUGCUGCUGCCGUUGCUCCUGAGGCUGAUGCUGAUGCUGAUGCUGAUGCUGAUGCUGAUGUGGCAGCAACACAACAGACAAAGAGGAAGAGGACGGAGGAGAAGGGCGGCGGGGAUGGCAAUGCUCCGGCCAAGGAGAAGAGAUCGAGGCACGGCGAGAGCUCAUCGCGCAAGAAAGAUGCUCCUGCAGAGGAACAAGAAGAGGCCAUUGAUGAUGCUCCGACCAAGGAGGAGAAGAAAUCAAGGAGGCGUGGCGAGAGCUCAUCGCGUGAGAGAGAUGCUGCUGCAAAGGAACCAGAAGUGGCCAUUGAUGUUGAGGACAGCCCUCCUAUGCCCAGGGACAGGAUCAUGGACACCUCCGAAGAUGCACCGGAUAAGGGAGAAGCUCCUGCAAACAAAGAUGCCGCCAUGGUUGAGGACACCCCUCCUAUGCCCAGUACCAAGCAAAGGAAGUCAAAGAGAGGUAGCAAGACUUCAGCUGAUAAAAAGAAGAAAGACACCUCCAAAGACGCGGCAGGUAAGGGCGAGUCUCUGCCAGAGGCAGAGCCUGCCAAAGAAGAUGAUGUGAAUGGGGACAGCUCUAUGCCGAGUGUGGAGGCGACAGAUGAUACAUUGAGCAAGCAAAGGAAGUCGAAGAGAGUUAGCAGGAGUGCAGCAGAGAGCAAGAAGAAAGACACCUCCAAAGACGCAGCCGAUAAGGGCGAGCCUCUACCAGAGGCAGAGCCUGCAAAAGAAGAUGAUAUGGAUGAGGACAGCUCUAUGCCCAGCAGCGGGGCGGCAGAUGAUACAUUGAGCAAGGGAAAGAAGUCAAAAAGAGCUACUAGGAGUUCAGGAAAGACAAAGAAGAACGACACCUCCAAGGACGCAGAUAAGACAGAGUCUGUAACUGAGCCUGCAAAGGAAGUGGCCGAGAACGAGGACAGCUCUAUGCCCAGUGCAGAGGCGACAGAUGACACAGUGAGCAAGGGAAGAAAGUCGAAGAAAAGUAAGGGUUCAGCAAAGACCAAGAAGAAAGAUGCAGAUAAGAAUGAGUCUCUACCAGAGCCUGCAAAGGAAGUUGCCGAGGAUGAGGACAGCUCUAUGCCCAGUGCAGAGGCGAUAGAUGGUGCAUUGAGCAAGGAAACGAAUUCCAAGAGCAGUACAAGGUCGGCAAAGAAGAAGAAGAAAGACGCAGGUAAAAAAGAGUCUCUACCAGAUCCUGCAAAGGAAGGUGCUGAGAAUGAGGACAGCUCUAUGCCCAGUGGAGGGGCGACAGAUGGUGCGUUGAGCAAGGAAACAAAUUCCAAGAUCAGUACGAGGUCGGCAAAGAAGAAGAAGAAAGACGCAGAUAAGAAAGAGUCUCUGCCAGGGCCUGCAAAGGAAAAGGCCACUGGUACUGACAGUUCAAUGCUGAGUAGAGUGGUGGCAGAUGAUACACCGAGCAAGAAAAGGAAGUCCAGUAAGAAGAGUUCAGCCAGUAACAGGAUCAUAGACACCUCCAUGGAUGCUGUGGAUGGCAUGUUGAGUGAGAGAAAAUCAGGGCGUAGGCUAAGGUCCAGCCACAAGAUUGUAGAGGCUUUGGAGGUUAUGAAAUGGCCGAGGAAGAAGGAUGCUGGUGAAACCACAAAGGUAAAAGAUAAAGAUGCUGCUUUGCCCAAGGAGAACAAUCUAGGGCAUAGAGCGGGCUCUGCACGCCACAAGGAUAAAACCACAAUCACAAAGGAUGGGAAUGGACUUACAGUUUCUCCUCUCAAGAAAAGGUUGCACCUUGAUGUACACUCAGCAACAGAGAAUGCGCCCUUCGCAGUCUCAGAGCUUGGCAGGAAGAAGAAGACGCUUAUUGAACUUCUGGCAGAGACAGCUACCCCUAACCCUUCAGCAGGUGGUAAGAGCAAGGCUCGAGCGGAGCGUCCCUUGCCUUCUUCAGUCCUGAAACCUGAGGCUACACCGAACACCAGAGGGAAGCGUUCUUUGCCUGCUUCUACUGAGACACCUGAGGAUCCAGGCCGUGAUAAGGAUACAAUUAAGACCAGAGAGAAGCGUUCUGUGGCCGCAUCGACCGAGAAACCUGAGCGUGAUACGAGAAGUACAGUGAAGGCUAGAAGAAAAAGUUCUUUGCCUUCUUCAGCCGAGGAACCUGAGGACCCAGACCGUGAUAAAAAUGAUGCAAUGAAGACUAGAGGGAAGCGUUCUUUGCCUGCAUCAGCUGAGAAACCUCAGGAUCCUGACCGCGGCACAAAGGGUACAGCGAAGACUAGGGGUAAACGCUCUCUGCCUGAAUCAAUUGAGGAUCCUGACCGUGUUACAAAGGGUUCAUCAAAGACUAAGGGGAAAGGUUCUCUGCCUGAAUCAACUGAGGAACCAGAGGGUCCUGAUGACCGUGAUAUGAAGGAUUCAAUGCACACCAGGAAACGAAAGAAGCUCGACACAUUGGGGGAUUUGUCUUCCCAGCCACAGCCUGUUUCUCCCAAGGGUUCCACGAAAGCUCGAGAAGUGAAGCGCAAAGCUGCUGGGCAGAAGUCACAGGCAUCUCCUGUUGUCAAAGCCAAUGGUGGCAUAUCAGGCGAUACGUCUUCCAAGAGGUCCGCAAGGCGCAAAGCUGCUGAACCGAAGCCACAGGAAACCCCUGUUGUCAAAGCUAACGGUGAAGCUUCUCAGACGAGAUCGCGUAGGGCCAUAAACAGUGAAGUGACUGUUCCAGACAAGUCUCCACGCUCUGUUAAGCCGGAUAAGGGCAAGAAAGGUGCCGUGGCAGAAGGCUCUCCGUCUUGUGGUGAAAUGCUGUCACAGCUUUGUGUCGGAGCAAGUGAUGCUGAGAAGAUGGGGAAGAUCGCCCCUACAAGCGCUAGCUUCUUGACUGAUUUCCUGAAGAGCGCUCGUGCCUGUACUUCUGAUGUGGAGGAGGCAGCCAACGCAGACUGCCGUGCUUCUAGUCCCCAUGCUGACGAGGAGAUACCUGAGAAGGCAGCAGCAGACAAAGUUUCUAGUCCCAAUGCUGACGAAGAGAUACCUGAGGAAGCAGCAGCAGACAAAAUUUCUAGUCCUCAUGCUGUCGAGGAGAUACCUGAGAAGGCAACAGACAAUGUUUCUAGUCCUCAUGCUGACAUGGAGGUGCCCGAGGAGGCAGCAGACAAAGUGUCUAGUCCUCAUGCUGACGAUGAGGUGAUACCUGAGGAGGCAGCAGAGAAAGUUUCUAGUCCCAGUGCCGAUGAGGCGAUACCCGAGGAGGCAGCAGAGAAAGUUUCUAGUCCCAAUGCUGAUGAGGUGGUACCCGAGAAGGCAGCAGUUGAAGUUUCCAGUGCCCCUGCUGAUGAGGCGAUACCUGAGAAGGCAGCAGAGAGAGUUUCCAGUCCCAAUGCUGAUGAGGUGAUACCUGAGGAGGCAGCAGACAAAGUUUCUAGUCCCCAUGCUGAUGAGGCGAUACCUGAGGUGGCAGCAGAUGAAGUUUCACUUGCCCCUGCCGACGAGGAGACACUUUUGAAGGUAAAAGAGGAAGUUUCUAGUCCCCUUGCUGACGAGCAGACACUUGAGACGGCAGCAACAGAGAAAGUUUCUAGUGCCCCUGCCGACGAGGAGACACUUGAGACGGCAGCAGCAGAGAAAGUUUCUAGUGCUCCUGCCGACGAGGAGACACCUGAGACGGCAGCAGCAGAGAAAGUUUCUAAUGCCCCUGCCGGCGAGGAGACACUUGAGAAGGUAAAAGAGGAAGUUUCUAGUCCGCAUGCUGAUGAGGUGAUACCUGAGAAGACGGCAGAGAAAGUUUCUAGUCCCCAUGCUGAGGAGGCGAUACCUGAGAAGGCAGCAGAUGAAGCUUCUAGUCCCCCUGCCGACGUGGAGACACCUGAGAAGGAAACAGAGAAAGUUUCUUGCCCCCCUGUCGACGAGGAGAUAGCUGAGAAGCCAGCAGACAAAGUGUCUAGUCCUCAUGCUGAAGCAGAGAUGUCUGAGAAGGCAGCAAAGAGCUCCCCUGCUCCAUCAGAGCCGCCGGUGGUGGCUGAUAAUAUGAAGGACGAUUACUGGUCUGACAUUCUCAUAGACGUGGAGGAACCGCUGUCUAGUCUGGCAAAGAAGAAGGACAAGGGCAAGAUGAGAUCAAGCAAGAAACAGCGGCGUGACGACGAGAUGAAGCAAGAUGAGAGCCAGCAAGACAAGGCAGAGGCAGAGAAUGGGAAGGCGAACGGGGGUGGCGGCCAGGCAAGCGCGGCCGAGGAGGACGCGUCGCUGAUGGGGCUGGUGCUGCACUUCAGCAAGCCAGGCGCGGUGCCCUCGCGUGGCGACCUCAUCGAGAUCUUCAGCCAGUACGGGCCCGUGAGCGAGGCGAAGACGGAGACGGACCAGCACUCCAGCUCGGCCCAGGUGGUGUUCAGGCGGCGCGCGGACGCGGAGGCGGCGUUCGGCGGCGCGGGCAAGAUGGCGGCCCUCAGGCCCAGCCUCGACAGCUUCCGGCUCACCGACUUCCCGUCCGCUGCGGCCGCGUUCCGGGGCGACGACGGGCCGAAGCAGGGGUGAACAGGGCUGCUGGAGGUGGAGGAGAGAGGUGAAGGAGGAGAGGAGGAGGUGUUUGUUAUUUAGGUGGUGGUAGCUUUGUGGUUGUGUUAAAAGGAGGAGUAAGCAUUGUGGCUUUGUGGUGUCUUUUUGGAGCUCCCUGGAUGCUGAUGCUGAGAGGUGUUUGUUAUUAAGUAGUAGUAUAAGAUGUAAAAAGACUAUGGCAUGGUUGCAUGUGAGGAUUGGAUGCAUGUGAGGAUUGGUGUAAAAACCUGGUGACUUUGUUGGUACCCUACCUGAAAGUCUGUCUGUCUUGUGUUGUGUGUCUGGUUGAAUUGUGUGGUGAAUGAGAGUGCUAUUGGUUGGGGGUCACUAGUUGUUAUUGUUGGUGUUGUGGUCAUGUUUGUAGCAGCAGAGGAGUAAUAGCUUUUACUAUAUGAUAUGAUGAGCUGGAGUAUCUUAUUUGGCA